AUGGCUGAUGCGCCGGGGGGGUCGUUGAAACGGCCUUAUGUUGGCGACGAUGAAAACAAUGCUCAUAAACGGCCGCGUUCCCAGCAAGGAUCUCCCGCCCCUACCAGUCGCAAUGGCGAAGGUGCUCCGAAAAUCGAUAUCCAGAAGGCCAUCGCAGCCGCAAGAGCCAAAGCGGAAGCUGUGCGGGCUCGUCUUCAAGCACAAACGGGAGCAAGUCCUGCUCCCAUGGCCACCUCAGCGUCCCCGUCGCCCGCGCCGUCGUCAGCGAGUCCGGGACUCUCCAAGAUCGAGCAGAUGAAAGCUCGGGUCGCUGCGGCUACAGGAAGGGUCAACGCCUCCAGCCAACAACUAAAAGCACAACCUCCACCGCUUAUACCUCCUGCUCCAAUGGAUGAAGGGCUGUCAAGAGCUAGGGGAGGACUCGACGUGGGCUUGCACCCGGCGCUUCUUGGAGACACAGGCCCGGAUGGUCGAUCUGCCAGAAGCAAACAAGCGAUACAGCCCAAGUUUGCUACAACGAUGGCGAAUCGCCGAACAGAGUCCCCAAUUCCUAUAGCUAAAGGGAAACAGCUGGAUCUCUCGGGCCCGUCGAUCGAAGAAACCAGGAACAACCCAUAUUUCGACCCAAGUCUCGGCACAAAAACGGCGUUGGCUCGUCCUCGUUAUUCGCGUCAGCUAAUUUUUAAUCAAAAAGGGAAAUAUAUUCAGCAAGCGGCUGCUUUACGACGACAAGCGCAGCUGGAAGCCAUGAAGAAGCGGAUCGCAGAACGAGCGCGCCAGGCCGGUAUAGACGAAGACCUAGAUGUUGAAAAAGCGUUUCUGGUUCCCGCUCCCCCUGCGAUUGAAUGGUGGGACGAAGCUCUUGUGAAUGGAAACGACUACAGCGCAAUUGAUGAUCCCAAUAAUCUUAAAAUAGAUUCUCCCGACUCUGUCAUAACUGUCUAUAUACAACAUCCCGUCCUUUUGGAACCUCCCCAGGAGAAAAAUAUUCCGCCCGCCAAACCAAUGUAUCUCACUCCCAAAGAACAAGCCAAAAUACGGCGGCAGAGACGAAUGGCGGACCUGAAAGAACAACAAGCCAAAAUCAGGCUAGGAUUGGAGCCAGCUCCUCCACCCAAAGUCAAGAAAUCGAACCUGAUGCGUGUUCUUGGAGAGGAGGCGGUCAAAGACCCCACAGCCGUCGAAGCUCGUGUAAACCGGGAGAUAGCGGAACGCGCAGAGAAACACAUGGCUGAUAAUGAAGCUCGCAAGCUGACAAAGGAAGGACGACACGAAAAGCUUGCCAAGCAACAAGAAAAGGAUGCGCUGAAGGGCAUAUACGUCACUGUUUACCGUGUGGACAGCCUUGCCAAUGGGCGCCAUCGUUUCAAAAUUAGUGGAUACCACUCAAUCAAUGCAUACAAAAAACUCAUGCUCAAUCGCAUUGACUGGACAGAGAACGCGGGACCCAAUGCAGUCCGGGAAGGGAACCGAGAGGCGCUGGCAUCAUGGCUUGCGGCGGAAGACGAAAAGACAGGUGAACUCAAGGACCUAAGCCUGAACACAUGUACAUUAGUCUGGGAAGGGGAAGAAAAGACAAGAGCAUUUCGCAAGUGGCUUGGUGCGAGGGUUGCGAGACUGAUGCGGCGGGCAAAGGAUAUGUUAACACGAGCUAAGAUGGAGAGCUUUUGGACGUUGGCAAAGAGCAUGAAGCCGAAUAUGACAUGA